AUGAACUUUAACGCAUCCAACGAAUGUAAUCCCGUCCUCGUGGCUCCUCGCCCCGUUCGGCUUGCCACUGCAUCAUUCAGUAAUUUUUUAGUACGACCUGCCUCCCGCGUGGAAGAGAUCAACAAGCUCUCGUCGUCGUCCACAUCAUCUGACAGUAGAGAGCUUACUAGCUCACCUAGCUUGCGAUCUUCACCGCGAUCUGCAUUGUCAACUGAGGCCUUGGAAGAGUUCCUCUCUAUCCUCAGGCCUUCUCUCAACUUAUUCCCCCCACACUCGCCCGUGCUCCGAACUACCACCGCAUUUGCACUCAAGGCUAUCGCUCAGGCCAGCGAAAGUGAUUCAGCUGCGGAUGUGGGGGCGGAAGCAGUGUCAGUGGGGUUAGAAAUGGAGGACGAGUUAAAUUUCAGGCAAUAUCAGUGGUUCUCGAAUGCUAUUCUCUCUUCCCCGAUUUCGCGCACCAACACGCGCAACCCAUUCCAGCGGCAACGUCAACUUGCGAUUACCCCGUCGCCUACCGUGGUGAAUUCAUUACAAUUGAGUCCCGCAGCCAUACCCCUACCCCUUCCCACCCCGGACGAAGUGCUGGAGUAAAAUGUAUCAUUACCAUCAUCAUUAAAAACUGUAUCAUGGUCUUUCCAUCUCUCUUCCACUUAUAUUUAUCGUCAUGGCGGAAAAUCUCUCACUUUUUAUCGGUUUGCUUUUGUGGACGUAUACAUAUUUAUGCCCUUUUGUCUUCCACUGGCGGCCCCCUUACCUCGUCAUCGUCUGUACAUUUACCCUCUAGUUCUUGUUCUAAUAAACCUUGGGAUUCUACGUAUCUAUGAUAUGAUAUCAGUAUUAUUCAUUUCAAGGUUUCCGCCGCAGCCUACUGAACACUGCUUUGGUGUUAUGAGACCCAUAGCUGUGUAUAUUAUGCACCGGUAAUAGUAUGGUGCUGCCAGAC